AUGGCGCUCAAAGCAUUCUUAAUCCUCACAGCUCUAACAGCUCUAACAACAGCAAAAGUCCACCACCUAUUCGUAGGCAACCUCGGUCUCCCCGCCUCAAUCCACGCCCUCGAAUUCGACUCCAAAAUCCUCACCCUAACCAAAACAGCCACCAUCCCCGCAGACGGUUCUCACCCCUGGAUCUCCCUCUCACAUAACAAAAAAACCCUCUACGCAUCCCAAUUCUCCAAACCAGCCAUCGCAUCCUACAAAAUCACCUCCCCGACCUCCCUCUCCCUCUCCGCCUCCCUAAACUCCUCAGGCGCAUGCUUCAACUCCACAUCCGCAUACGUGCAAUCCCUCUCCCACCCGCCCUACACGGUCUUCACAGGCGCUUGGCCCGGUCCAAACGCGUGUGGACAGGCGAUUAGCACGCUCCCAGAUGGGAGUCUGAAAGCGGUGCAGCAGAGCUGGAAAUACGCUAAUAACUCUGGUAUUCAUGGACUUGCGUUCGGGAAGGGUGAGGGGGUUUUGUAUGCGGCGGAUUUGAAUGGGGAUAGUGUGUGGACGCAUAGGAUUGAUGCGAGUGAGGAAGAGAGGAAGGGAGAGGGUGAAAUUAGGGUGGAAGAGGUAGGUAGGUGGAUGGUUAACAGGAAUGGAACGCACCCGAGGCAUUUAGUCGCGCAUCCUAAUGGUAGGACGGUUCAUGUGGUUAUGGAGAGUGGGAAUGAGGUUGUGGAGAUUGAAAAUGAUGAGCGUGGGAUCCCACGGAAAGAGGUUGGGUUCUGGAAGACCAUUCCUGCUAAUGCAACGAACGCAAACUACUGGUCCGCAGAAAUCAAGUACUCGAGGAAUAUGAGGUAUGUUUGGGCUACGGCGCGCGCGCAGAUUAGUCAACCGAAUAUUACGGGGUGGAUUAAUGUUUUUGAAUUGGAUCGGUCGGGUCAUAUAACUCACCUCGUCGCCCGCGAAUCGACGACUACGACGGGGGGGUAUGCGAAUGCGAUUGCGCCUAUGGAUGUCGACGAUGAAAAUGGUUGGGAUAAGAGGUUGGAUGAGACAGGGAGUGAGAUGGGUGAAAAUGCGUGGGGUGGGAAAGGGGAGGUGGAGUUUGCGGCGCUGACGGAUGUGCCGAAGAGGUAUGUUGAGGUUUGGAGGUGGGAUCCGAAGGGGAAGAGAGAAGGAAACGGGAAGUUGGAGGGGAAGUUGGAGGUUGUUGCGCAUUUGGGGAUUGAUGAUGGAGGGUGUUGUGCUAAUGUCGUUUGGUUGGAUUAG